AUGGGAUGCCUUUGUCGGCCCUGUUCGCUGCAGGCCUUGAUCAUCUCAUUGACGAUCGGACUGGGAAGCCUAUUGUCUGCUCGAGUGGCGCUGACAGAGGAAGGACCGGCUGUACAAUUUCAUAGCUCCUGCAUCCGUGGAAGCGAAGUGAGUGAAUUCUGCAAUCAUACCUGCUCUUUGCAAAGGAACGGCACGGCCUUGCACACUCUCGAAAGGCAGCUUGCAGGUCCUUGUUCAGCCCUCCUCGAAGUGAUCCAGGAAGCUCUUGGCGGGGUGCAAGGAAGCUGGAAAGGACGAGCGGAAGAGUGCAGCAAAGUUGCAGAAUGGGUUGAGACACAGAUGGGUCCUCACACCGCAGCCAAAGAGGAGAUCGAUGACUUUGAUUGGGUUGUGGUCUUUCACUGCGCUCGUGAUGCUAUUGUACAAUGCCACUUUGACACUGCCCGCAACCUCUUCGCUAUGCUUGCGAAGGUUGCAACAGAUGUGCCUCAGGAGAUAGCAGCAAAGAGUUUUUACUACAUGUUCGGUUUGUGUUCUGCCGAGCACUUCCCGGGAGAUCACCGCGAUAUGUUGAGCUGUGGUGGAAAGAGCUUGCUUGCGGAAUCCGCUAGACUUGGCAAGGAAGAGGCUAUGCUCAAUAUCGGCAUCUUGCACUUGGCGGAUCAGUCUGGUUCUCCAUUUCUCAGGAAUGACACGGAGGGCCUUCGGUGGCUUCAGCUUGUGGAAGGUUCUGCUAAGGUCAGCCCGAAAAAGUUGGCAGAAUCCGUCCGCCGGCGCUACGAAGCGUGGUCGAGAUCCCGGACUCAGAGGCUGAAGGAUGUCUUUUGGGAGAGAACUGCAAAGAUCCUCGAGCCACUGCUUUUGCUCAUGGUGCUCUACCUCUGCUAUUUUGCUAUGCAUUGCUGCUGCCCACUGUUGACUGGGCAGAAGCAUGGUCGUUUAAGCGUCGGAAGUCCGAGUCCUGAUUUCAGCAUCUACUUCGCCGAUGGCCUGCAGAGAAGUCUCCAUGAGCUCGUGUUGCAUCCUCCGGCAACGACGUUGCUUGUCCUGUACCACACGGUGCGCACUUCCCAGGACCAAGAGGAUCCUCUCGCGAAGCUCCUCGGAGAACUUGAGGGCCUCGACCGCCUCCUAGAAGGAAUUCAAGCGAGGUGUGUUAUCGUGAAUGUGGAGUCGAGGAGUAGAUUUCACGACAUCGAUGCCUCCGGUCGUUUUGCGAACCUGCUGCAUGGCCAUGCUGUACCACCGAAGCCCUACCACUUCAGUGGUAAUUUGCAGAAGUUUUUACUGGACUCAACGUGCGUGAUUGCCAAGAUCGGGGCGGUAGAGGUCGCUGAUCUCCAGACUGUUCUAGCUUCUGGGAGUGUUUCUUGA